AUGGCUGGAAUCAGCCCAGUAAACACCCAAGAGAAGAGCGGAUAUGAAGCAUCUUCCCAAACCAAGAAUAGUAUACCCAUGAAUCAAAGCGACAAUAGCAACAAAGCAAAUCAAAGAUCUGUUCUUUGUUAUCUAUUGGUAAUUGACGAUGCGCGUGAGCAGCAAAUAGGCAUCGGCCGCUCGUGGAAAUAUGACCUUCUACAGAACAACGAAGCGAUUGUUUCUUCGUCACUCCUUGAUUCGUUGACACUCUCUGUCGGCGAUUCGAUCCGAGUUGCAGUGAAUCUCAGUGAGUAUAUUAUCCCGCAGCUAGAAAAGUUGAACGUUACGCAGUUCAAUCAAAGCGAUAUGUACGUUAACUGUGGAACUAUAAACAACAGCACUUCUCUACUCUACGUUGAUCAUUCGUUCAAAAUUGUGGAGUCGGUUUCCUCGCCAGAAGGAAAAUGGCCAGCAUCGUAUGGCUCGGUGAUUGUAAUUUCAACGCAAACCCUACAAAAUCUGUUGAAUAAUAUGUUUGAAGCGAUUGUUCAGUCGAACAAGGUACCUCUUGAAGAGAAGCCAACGCAAUGGAUUAAUGACUGGACCAUGCAGUAUUUGAUCCUAUCUUCAAGUCAUCAGCAAAUAUACACCUCUAGUGACUCUUCCAAACAAUUCAAUGACUACGCGAACAAGGUUAUAGCAUCCAUUCCUAAUUCCGAAAACUACUCCGUCCAGUAUUUACUGUACACAUCCCUGCAAUCACUAUCUUCAGUUACAAUCCUGUUGGAGCAAGUGUUCUUCAUGAUCGAUGUGAUCAUCACACUUAUUGCUGCCUAUGUGAUAUACAUAUUAGUGACAACGAGCGUGAAAGAAAAAGUAUUUGAAAUGGCAUUACUCCGUAUUGUGGGAUUACGACAAGCUGCUGCUUCACGCAUCGUAUUUGUUCAAGUGUUAUUAUUCACCAUUCCCGGAAUUAUCCUGGGUUUACUACUAAGCAUCCUGUGCUAUGUUCUACUGGCGUACACAUUCAAUAAGCUCCUAUAUCUUUCGCUUCCUUAUGCACCACCAACUUCCUCCUAUAUCUAUUCGAUUCUAGUAGGCCUGCUUUCUCCCAUCAUAGCGAUUAUUCCGCCCAUCGUCCAACUAGCGAAACAAAAGCUGAUUGAAUCGCUUGAUCUUCAACACUCGGAUACAAACAAUACAAGAGUUGUUGUCAAGGACAAUCGAAAAACACCCAUCACAAUUGAAAUGAUUCUUUUCGGACUCAUUCUCACGAGCAUCGGAAUAAUGGUGUUUCUAUUUGCAGUUGAUGCCUUUCUUGAUUCCGAUAUUAAACUCUUCAUGACAAUUCUUAAUAUCAUUCUCAUUUUGGCUCUAUUGGGCGUGACAAUUCUAUCCACCUAUCUUUCUCAUUGGCUCACAACGUUUGUAUCAUUUCUCCUCUCCCAUUUACCAUGGCUCCAUCCGGCUGCAUUAUAUAUUCGCAAUAAUGCAAAUCUCCACAAACGAAGCAAUCUGCAGCUUUCGAUCCUCUGUACCACAUCCUUAACCUUUAUUCUCUUCGCUGCCUGUCUCCUUCGAAUGCAAUCCAACACACUCUAUUCCAACAUUAAGCUAUCGAUUCCUUCUGAUUUGCUCGUCCUGACUUCUUCCACAUCGGGAUUGAACGAGCAACAGCUGGAUUCCUUUUACGAGGAACCGUAUACCCAAUCUCUUAUUGCUGGAAGACUGUAUCAGUACCAAUCCUAUUCCGCUGAUUCCCAACUCGCCACAUUUAGUAAUCUUCAUUCUACAACGACGAUCGUUUCGAUUCUCGCGCCGUCAUACAUCGAUCUCAUAGAUCAGGAUAUGAUCGUCUCAUCCCAUUCCAAACAACAACUCAAGACAUUUCUCGACUCCAGCGCUCCAUACAAUACCUCUCUUUCGUUCCCAUUUGCUGACGUUAGAGCCAAUCCUAGUCCUGAAGUCAACUUGAAAAGGCAAUACAAUCUUUAUUUUCCUGCUCUUUUACCGAAAUCAUUAAGUACCGAUCUACAGGAAGAGAAUGUUGAGAAAUAUGUGUUUUCCAAUACAUCAGAUUAUUCUUCUGUUUCCCUAAUUUCUCAAGAAGCAACCCUGGAGAAACUACCAGGUUUUUCUUUCAGUAAAUACAAUUACCAAAAAUCAACACCAAACGCCAUUGUAUCGAAAAGCACCUUUCAGGAAAUGCUUCCAUCUAUUUCUCUAGUGAAAGACAAAAUGAUCGUCAAGUUAAAACCCACCCUUUCUCAGAGGGAAUAUGCAUAUAUUGUUGACAAUACGCGGUCCAUUGUUCAAGGAGAUGAUGGAGCAAGUCUUCUAGAAAGAAAAUCCUUGGUAAACUCGAUUGAUGACGCCCAGUUGGCUUUAGACAUCUAUUUCUAUAUAUUGAGUAUAUUAUGUUGUAUUCUACUCUUCUUUGCUACUUCGGUUUCCCUCAAGUAUUGA